AUGUCUGCUCUACAAUAUAUGAUCCCAGAUGCUACAGUGAUCAAAGACACUAUUGAAGUUAAUUUCAACAUCACACUAUGCAAAUUUCAGCUGCAGUAUGCCCAAGCACAACUGGAUCAGAAGGAUGUUAUCACCAUUGCUCCAAUGGGGGCAGGAAAAACACUAACAUUCUGGAUUCCCCUCCUUUUCAAUAAUGAUGGCAUGGUAGUCCUUAUUACUGCACUCAAUAGACUCAGUGACCAGAGUAUCAAUGAGUUGCAGCAGCUGGGUAUUUCUGCAGUGAAUUUGACUGGUGCAAAUGCAAUAGACAGCACAAUCCAAGGUAUGUCAAGUCUUUUUCACUAUCAUUGCAUGAUCAUUGUAAGCCCUGAGCUUAUUAUCAACAACUGGUGCUUCAACAAUCUAUGGAGAGCAAGGGAUUUUAUGGUGCAUUUAUUCAAUAUCUGUUAUGUGAAACCCCUUAGAUGA